AACAAAACAUACGCCAAACAGACUCUUUAUGCUUACCUCCCAUCCGGAUUUAUUACACUAUUCUCUCAUGGACUAGCGCUAUGGCAGUAUUCAUUUCUCUUAUUAAAGUUACUUACACAAUAGUUAGAUGCAGAGAAUAUUGUAAUCAUAAUAGGACAGUCAUUGCAAAUACAAAUACAAAUACAAUGCCUGCAUAAAUUUAAAUUUUAGGCUAUAUAAUCCUCCAUUCGAUGAAUGGCAAUCUUCAAUGGACAAUAACAACUUCCAGUACUCUCCAUCGCACUCACCAGCUUACCAAGCUCUCCUCCAAGCCGGUCCGCGUCUCAAACCCCUCCAACAAGUCCACGCUCACCUCAUCGUCUCCGGCUCACACCGUAGCCUUCCACUUGUCACCAAACUCCUCACCUUAGCCUGCACCGCCGGCUCAUACCUAUACACUCGUAAACUCUUCUUCUCCAUCUCCAACCCUGACUCCUUCCUCUUCAAUUUCAUUAUCAAAACCUCAACCAAGUUUCACUUCCCUCUCCACGCCGUUCUCUAUUAUCGUCGCAUGCUCAUUGCCCAUAUAUCGCCUUCCAACUACACUUUCACGGCCGUGAUCAAAGCGUGCGCUGAUUUAUCUGCCUUGGGAUGCGGCAGGGUUGUACAUUCUCAAGCUUUGGUUUGUGGGUAUAGUUUGGAUUUGUUUGUUCAGGCUGCUCUUGUUAGCUUCUAUGCAAAAUGUGGUAAUUUGGGUGUUGCUAAGACAGUGUUUGAUAAAAUGCCGGAGAGAACAGUUAUUGCUUGGAAUUCUAUGAUUUCAGGGUACGAGCAGAGUGGGUUUGCUGAGGAGGCUAUUGGGUUGUUCCUCAAGAUGCGGGAUUUCGGUGUUGACUUUGAUUCAGCGACAUUUGUGAGUGUGUUGUCAGCCUGUUCCCAGAUGGGGGCUCUUGGUCUCGGUUGUUGGGUGCACGACUAUAUAACUAAUAAUGGUUUGGAGUUGAAUGUGAAUCUUGGUACUGCAUUGAUUAAUAUGUACGCAAGGUGUGGAAAUGUAAGGAAAGGGCAAGAAGUUUUUGAUCAGAUGAAUGAACGGAAUGUUGUGACUUGGACGGCUAUGAUUUCUGGAUAUGGAAUGCAUGGUCAUGGUAGCGAAGCACUUGACCUCUUUCAUCUAAUGAGAACUCGUGGGCCACCUCCUAACGAUGUUACAUUUGUUGCUGUCUUGUCUGCUUGUUCUCAUGCGGGAUUAGUACACGAGGGGCGCUGGGCAUAUGCAAGUAUGUGGACAGAUUACGGUGUAAAGCCAGGAAUGGAGCAUCAUGUCUGCAUGGUUGAUAUGCUUGGGCGGGCUGGAUAUCUCAAAGAAGCAUUUCAAUUCAUAAAAGAAUUAUAUCCUCUCAAGCCAGCACCAGCAGUGUGGACUGCAAUGCUCAGUGCUUGCAAGAUGCACAAGAAUUUUGAUCUUGGAGUACAAGUUGCUGAGCAUCUCUUAGCUGCAGAACCGGAUAAUCCAGGACAUUAUGUUCUGCUUUCUAAUAUAUAUGCAUUGGCUGGUCGGAUGGAUAGAGUGGAAACAGUUAGAAAUUUAAUGAUUCGGAAGGGCCUUAAGAAGCAAGUUGGCUAUAGCAUAAUAGAAGUUGGUCAGAAAACCCAUCUGUUUAGCAUGGCUGACAAAUCACAUCCCGAGACAAAUGCAAUCUAUCAAUACUUAGAUGAGUUGAUGCGGAGGAUUAAGGAAGCAGGGUAUGUACCUGCACCUGAAUUGGUAAUGCAUGAGUUGGAAGAAGAGGAGAGGGAAUAUGCUGUCAGCUACCACAGUGAGAAGCUUGCAAUAACAUUUGGGAUUUUAAGAACUAAACCGGGGAUGGCUAUAAGAAUUGUGAAGAACCUCCGUAUGUGUGAGGACUGCCAUUUAGCUAUUAAGUACAUUUCAGUUGUUGCCAAGAGAGAAAUUAUUGUUCGUGAUAAGCUUCGGUUUCACCGUUUUAAGGAUGGGUCUUGUUCUUGCGUGGAUUACUGGUGAUAACAACAUUUGCUAGCCGAACUUGUCUGUGUUAUUAGGAUUGAUCACCAAAUACAGGUUGCUAGGGAGUGCAAUCUGUUGCAUCCCUGUUCCUGGUUUGGGUGCUUGGAAAUAAUGAAAAGCUGUGAAAAAAACUGUUGAAAUGAUCAAACGACUUCCACACGUUCAACAACCCCAGAGGUAGCCCCAGACAUGCUUUACUUUUAGUCCAAGUAAGGCACAGUCAUUGUUCAGUUUACCUUUUAUGUAAACAAAGCUUCAUUUUGCAGCCACAGGGCUAAAUGAUUGUCUCUGGAUCAUGGUACUUUUCAGUGGUCAUUGAGUUGCUCGUCGCUGAUACUGAAAGAGGAUUCCUUUUUGUUCUUGUUUCAUUUUCUAAAACCCAAAUUCUUCUUCUAAAAGCUUUAUCAAGUAAAAGAAAUCUCUCUCUAUAUAUAUUUUUGACAACCAAAAAAAGAAAAAAAGAAAUAGAAAAGAAGGAAUAAUCAAGACCAUCUGCUAAUUCUGUUGUGGUUCUAAUGUUUUGUUUUUUUGUUCAGAAGAAUUUUCAUGCUCGUGUGAUGGUGCCCUAAAAUCAGGAUUCGAAAAGCAAGCCAUAAAGAAUUGAUCCCGUGAUCAAAAGUAUACUUUACUCUCUCCUGUACUUUCUCUGAUGUUAAUUUUUAUGAGUAAUAGCUGUUUACUUUAUAGUUA